CCCUGUCAAUAAUCCUGGAUCCCAGACUUCUCCGUUCCUCCGGAUUUCGAUCCCCCUUUUUCUAUCUGUCAAUCAGCGCCGCCUUUGAACUGAAAAGCUCUCAGUCUAACUUCAACUCACUCAAAUCCAAGCGGCACAGGCUUCCUAUAUCUGCGGCUUCUAAUCCCCCCCUCCCUUACAGCUGACUUGUUUGGCUUGUUUACUGCAAUUUUUUUUAUAGUUUCCCCUUCCCCCGUUUCUCCCUCCCUCCUUAUAUAAUUUUUAUUAUUAUUAAUUUUUUUGUGUCUGCCCGCGUGUGUCUCUGUGCGCGCUGAUCUGAUUUUCGGAAGAAAAGAGGGAGAGAGAGAGAGAGAGAGAGAGAGAGAAUCCAGAAGAAGGAAAAGAAGAAACCCAAAGUCACUGGUGCAAAAGGAAAGGAGCAGGGACACUGCCCUCCCCUCCUCCUCCUCCCUCUUUUCCCCUCCCCAGGAGGAAAGAAAAGGGAAAAAAUCACGUUAAACUUGGACUCCUUUUUAAAAAUUGCAAACUUCCCCCUUUUCUUUUUUUUUAUCCUUCCCCCUUUCUUUCUUUCCCCCCUUCCCCUCCCUCUUUCUUCUUGCAAAAUUGCUGCUGGUGGGGUAAGCCAGGAGGAAAAUGCCGCAACUCAAUGGCGGUGGAGGGGACGAUUUGGGGGCGAACGAUGAAUUGAUCUCUUUUAAAGACGAAGGGGAGCAAGAAGAGAAGAUCUCGGAGAACUCCUCGGCGGAGAGGGAUUUAGCCGAUGUCAAAUCGUCUCUAGUCAAUGAAUCAGAAACGAAUCAAAACAGCUCCUCAGAUUCGGAGGCGGAGAGGCGGCCUCCGCCUAGGUCCGAAAGUUUCAGAGAUAAAUCCAGAGAAAGUUUAGAGGAAGCAGCGAAAAGGCAAGAUGGAGGGUUGUUUAAGGGCCCACCAUACCCUGGGUAUCCCUUUAUAAUGAUCCCCGACCUGACCGGCCCCUACCUCCCCAAUGGAUCCCUUUCACCCACGGCAAGAACGUACCUCCAGAUGAAAUGGCCACUGCUUGAUGUUCAGGCAGGGAGCCUACAGAGUAGGCAAGCCCUCAAGGAUGCUAGGUCUCCAUCUCCAGCACACAUUGUUUCUAACAAAGUCCCAGUUGUGCAGCACCCACACCAUGUACAUCCGCUUACGCCGCUUAUUACGUACAGCAAUGAGCACUUCACACCAGGCAAUCCUCCUCCACACUUACCAGCCGACGUAGAUCCCAAAACAGGAAUUCCACGGCCUCCGCACCCUCCAGAUAUAUCUCCUUAUUAUCCACUAUCGCCGGGCACUGUAGGGCAAAUCCCCCAUCCGCUAGGAUGGUUAGUACCACAGCAAGGUCAACCAGUCUAUCCAAUCACAACGGGGGGAUUCCGACAUCCCUACCCAACCGCUCUGACUGUCAAUGCUUCCAUGUCAAGCUUUCUCUCCUCUAGGUUCCCUCCACAUAUGGUCCCUCCACAUCAUAGUUUACAUACAACUGGGAUUCCUCAUCCAGCCAUAGUCACCCCAACAGUCAAACAGGAAUCUUCCCAGAACGAUGUCGGCUCACUCCACAGCUCAAAACAUCAGGACUCCAAAAAAGAAGAGGAGAAAAAGAAGCCACACAUAAAGAAACCUCUUAAUGCAUUUAUGUUAUAUAUGAAGGAAAUGAGGGCAAAAGUCGUAGCAGAAUGCACAUUGAAAGAGAGUGCAGCCAUCAAUCAAAUCCUUGGUCGAAGGUGGCAUGCAUUAUCCAGAGAAGAACAAGCUAAAUACUAUGAACUAGCCAGAAAGGAACGACAGCUCCACAUGCAGCUUUACCCCGGCUGGUCCGCACGGGAUAACUAUGUAGGUGGCUAUGGCAAGAAGAAGAAGAGGAAAAGGGACAAGCAGCCAGGAGAGACCAAUGAACACAGCGAAUGUUUCCUAAAUCCUUGCCUUUCACUUCCUCCGAUUACAGACCUGAGCGCUCCUAAGAAAUGCCGAGCGCGCUUUGGCCUUGAUCAACAGAAUAACUGGUGCGGUCCCUGCAGGAGAAAAAAAAAGUGCGUUCGCUACAUACAAGGUGAAGGCAGCUGCGUCAGCCCACCCUCUUCAGAUGGAAGCCUACUAGACUCUCCUCCGUCUUCUCCCAACAUGCUAGCCUCCCCCACAAGAGACUCAAAACCACAGACUGAACAAACCCAACCUCUCUCACUCACAUUGAAACCCGACCCACUGGCACACCUCUCAAUGAUGCCGCCCCCACCGUCCUCCAUAGUUCUGACUGAAAGCUCCACUAGCAAAUCCAGCAGUCUACCUGCUAGUAAUUGUCAGAACGGGGCAUUGGAGCAUCAGUCUGCCACUUUACAGCAGUCAGCACCGUCCUCUUCGUUAGCGCAACCAUCGACGUCCUCCUUGCAUUCCCAUAAUUCUUUGGCUGGGACACAGCCUCAGCCACUGUCACUUGUAACCAAGUCUUUAGAAUAGCUUUAGUCAUUUAUAGCCCACUUCCUGUUUGUGUUGAGAUUUAUCCGUGCCGCCCCCCCCCCGUUUUUGUUUUUAAUUUGUGCCAUAUGGCUACAUUAGUUGAUGUCUAUCGAGUUCAUUGGUCAAUAUUUGACCCAUCGUUAUUUCAAUUUUUUUUAAAAUAUGUAGAUGAGAAAAAAGCCUCAUGAUUCUGCCAAAAUUUUUAUCAACAGCUGUUUAAAGUCUUUGUAGCGUUUAAAAUAUAUAUAUAAAUAUAUAUAUACAUAACUGUUAUGUAGUUCCAAUAGCUUAGUUUCAAAGACUGAUUUUAAAAAUGAAAAAGAAGCAAUUUUGAAGCAGCCCUUGCUGAAGGCGUUGGUUCUUUAUUAUUUGUAUUAAAUACGAGCUUGCGAACCAAUCAUUUUACAUCUGGUUUUUAAAACAUUUUAAGGGCACAAUGAAUGCAGUGCCGCUAAUUUUUUCCCUUUUUUUUUCCUUUGUGUGAUACAACUUUUCUUGUGAUGUUACUUGUUAUUGUUUAAAUGUACAGAAACAAAGGGUUAAGAUGUGUUAAUAUACCUUGUUCCAUGGUGUUAUUCUUUUUUGGGGGAGGGAACGCUACUCAACAAUUAAAAAGUAUCACAACGCUAUUGGACCAGUAGUAUUUAUUGCUUUAGAGAUUGCUUGUUGUACCUGUACGUUGUCCCCUUUUUAAAUUGUUUCCUUUUUUUUCUUGAAACAUUGUAUAAAGUUUUAUUUUUCCUUAGUGUAAGCAUCAUAUAUAUAACAACUCAUUUGUACAAGGUUUUUAAGUUUAUAUAUAAAUGUGUAUAUAUAUAUUUUUGUUGGCUUCUUUUGUUGUUUUAAUUUCUUAAUUUUUUUUUCCUGUCAUACAGUUGCCACCAAAUGGACAUUUGCAGAUGGAUCACUAGUGUAAAAAAAAAAAAUGCUUUGAAAGCCAUUACAUGAAAUAAGACUUGAAAAUUUAGCACGAGACUUUUUAGCCAUGCUGUUCAAAAGGCAGCAAUGUCUCUCAUUCAGAACUGCAGAUGACUUCCCUGCCACUUGUAGGCUGUGAGCAAAACUUUUUAUGUGCCAAAAUUCUCAGUGACUUUUUCUCUUUUACCCAACAACUUUUUUAUGCUGUAUUUUUUUUGUUCAUCCUGUUUUGCUGUGAUGUUACAUAGGUAGAUAUGUAUGUAGUUUUUAAUGUCACCUAUUACAGACGUGUUUGGUAGCAGAUUGUCCAGAAAGCAUUUAAAAAUGAAGAGGUAUAAACCCUAAAGGGCCAAAUUCUGUAUACUAGAUUAUUCAUAAAAGGAAAAAUCAGACUGCCACUUUAUGUACACUUACUACAUACAGGUAGGUAGCAACUUUAAAAAAAAUCCUAGGCAUGUUGAUGUUGCAAAUUUUUUUUAAUAAAAAAGAUAAAUGCUGUAUAAAGCUGAAAAAAAUGAUCAUCUGUUCAUCCAGUGCCAUUGUAGUUGACAUGAAGCGAUUGUAAAACUGUCUCCAGUUUUCUUCUCUGGUUUAUUAAGAUGCUAACUAUGACAUUUUUUUGUGAAUCCUUUGAAUGUUUCCUAACAGUUGUGAUGUUACUGUUCCGUUUUAUUGCUCUUAUUCAGAUUUUUCAUUUCUAAUGGUUUGGAAGCCAUUUUUGUAAUGAAUAAAUGUCCAUGCUGUACAGUAUCUGUAGCAUGCGGUUCUGGAUUAAUAAAAGCAACUUAGUAUGUGCA